AUGUCAUCUGUGUGUAAGAGCUACUUAGAGGUCAAGAGCCAUUCAGAAGGUAUUCAGAGGAAAGAAGGAGAUUGCUUAGUUGAGGGUUACAUAUCGGUGCUACUACAGUCAGUGCAUGUGGAUCUCAGUCAGAAUAAUAUAUCAGAAUUGGAAGCCAUUUGGAAACAGUGGAGAAUGGAGAAAAAAGAAUCUUUUUCCAAGAAAUACGGGGAUGUGGCACUGCUUAUGUCUGUGAAGGUUGAUGAACAGCUAAUGAGACCCGCAAUACAGUUCUGGGAUCCAUCUUAUCAAUGCUUUGUAUUCAACCAAAAAGACUUGGCUCCCACGAUCGAAGAAUAUUCUUCUUUACUCCGGAUAGAGUCUACCAAUCAAGACAAGAUCUAUUGGAAAGAGCAUAAGACCACUGGAUAUAGAAAAAAAUUAGCCAAAAUCAUGCAAGUGGAGGUUGAAGAGAUAGACAAGCACAAGAAAGAAAAAAAUAGGGUUGACAUCAUUCCAUCAGCUUUUCUGCUCGAGUACAUAAGAAAGUAUAUUGAUACCGAUCAGGGGUCGGAUGUGUUUGCUUUGGCCAUCUAUGGAUUGAUGAUAUUCCCUAAGAUAAAGAAGCCAUUUUUGGGGAAAAGAAAGACAUCGUUUCGACCAUUCUCCGUGCAUUUCAGUCCUAUCAAGGAGUUUAUGACUAAAGAAUGGAGAAAAGAUUGGACAAAAAGUCAGUGGUUGGCAUUCUUUUUAAAGCUCACUAGCGAAGAUGUAACAUGGAGGGCACCAUGGAUGCUUCCGAUGGCUAUCUUAUAUAGUUGUGGAGACGAGUCAUGGGUACCUCUGUUAGGAAUAUGGGGGGCAGUGAGUUACGCGCCCCUUAUGGUUCAAAGACAAUAUGAUUCACGACAGUUCAUCCCUAUGACUCAUAGGCUUGGUUCACUCGAGUUUGAAUAUGGAACACCCGGUUAUAUGAAAAGGGUUCGUGAAAUCAUCAAAGCAUGGAAGCAGGUCAAUCGAAUGAGCCCAGCUAGACUCGCUGAUAAUGUUGCUGAAGGUUACCUUGCGUGGAGGAUGAAAAGAGUUAACGAAAUUAGGCCUCUACCAGCUGAUGUUUCAGAGAAGUUGUCGGCUCCUGUUUCAGUAUCGGUAUUGUCGACUCUUGAGAUCGCCCAACGAGAGUUUGAGAUUGAAAAGAAAAGGUUAAAGAAAGAAAAGGUGGCUAUGAUGGAUCAAGUUAACCAAUUAAGAUAUGAUUUGAUGAUGAAAAAUGAUGCAGUACAGAAGUUGACUAAAGAACGAAAAGUAUUGAAAGAGGAUCUACAAGAUUUGCAUCAAGAAAAUAAGAAAUUAAGGUUGGAUAGUAGACCUUUGAAGGGAUCCAAGAAGGAUGUGGAAGAACUACGAGACAUGGUGAAAUAUUGGAAGAACAAAGCUCGAGAGAACAAAGAAAUGAUCUUCACACUCACCAAAGAGCAACAUGAAUGGAAAGAAAAACUUUCAGGGGCCUCUGAAAAGGUAACAAGGCACCAAAGAGAAAGUGAAAAGCUAAAAGCUGAGCUAAUGAGGGAACAAAGUAAGAACUCCGAUUUGCAAAGCAAGAAAAAAGCCUAG